AUGGACGCAAAGCGCGAUGUCGACCGCUAUUUUCCCUUCGACUGCACUAGGGCGAAACUACCCCUCGGCUUUAGUGAGCGCCAGCGCUUCAACGGAGAGGAGCCGCCAAAGUACGACAUGUUGGACUCAAAGAACUCCAAGCCAAACGUCUGCGCCUCCUAUAAUAUUCGAGGUGGGAAAGCUGGGGAAACCGUGCAGUGGUUAGAUGCCGCGGAGGAGCCUAAAUUAACUACGUCAGCAGACGGACAGGUGACUGCUCAGGAGAAUCAGCCUGCUGCCCUAAGGUUACAGCAGCAGUGCGCUGACAUUGGGAGGCUUAUAUUUUUCGAGUGUCGACGGAAGUCUGGCGAGGUCGAUGAAUGUUAUCAACAAUUCAGAGAAGCCUUUGAGAAUUGUCUGGACCCGUCAAUUCAGAGCCUGCCUUUCGUUAGUAGUAAAGUUAUGUCCGACACAGAUCAGCCGAGCAUUGCGGAUAGGGUCUGUAUCUCAAAUGAUAAGCCAAUUUCCAACCAUUGUCUCGGGCAGGGGACUCCGUCCCUACCGCACACCCCAAUCACAAUAGUGGCGCAUCGCCUUACUAGUAACCAAUCUCCGUAUAUCAAGGCUACGGGUAUGAGAGGACCCCUAAUGCCGGCUAGUAAAGUAUUAAAGAUAAGUUUAUAA